AUGGGUACAUCUUCGAGGGUGUGGACCCUUUUCACAGAUGGUGCUUCAAAUGUGAAAGGGUCCAGGUUAGGAAUCAUUUUGAAGCCGCCCACAGGCAAUACAAUUGGGCAAUCUAUCAAAACCCCUAAGUUGACGAACAAUGAGGCCGAGUAUGAGGCCAUGAUUGCAGGUCUCGAGCUGGCUAAAUGCUUGGGAACAGAAGUCAUCGAGGCCAAGUGUGACUCCCUACUUGUGGUUAACCAAGUCAAUGGGACCUUCAAGGUUCAAGAAGAUCGAAUGCAAAGGUACUUAGACAAGCUGCAGUUAACCCUACACCGGUAUAAAGAAUGGACACUAUAA